GCCGAAUUCGAAUGAUAAAAUCUUCAGAACAUCUUAGCAUUAGUUUCCAAUUCCCUGGGCUGGCCGAAAGAAGACUACCGCACGGAGAAGACCAAUUCUGGACAACGACAGUCAUGAAUGCUCCGCUGUUGUCGAGUUCAUUCGCAGAUACAUCGGCGAUGUGCUGCAAGUGCGUGGAGAGGGCUACCCACUCGUGUGUCGAGUGCGACCUGCUGUACUGCCUAGUGUGCAGUGACCAACGCCACAGCAAAGGCUCGUUCCAGCGCCACACGGUCACAACGAUCGCCCCCGCGUUGCAGUCGAUCCAACGUGGCGCCUUCAUCACGUGCGAAGAGUGCACCCAGGGCCAUGCCGUGCUACACUGCUCAGCGUGUGAACUGGCGUAUUGCAGCCCCUGCUCCAAGGACAUUCAUCGCAGCGGCGCGCUGCAGCACCACAGCCGCGACUGCUUCCACUACCUCCCGCUGGUGUCACCUGCCAAAUCGUCCCCGUUGCAAGCCUUGUCCAACAACGACACUUCGUUGGGGACCAUGUGGUGUCGAGGUGGCUGGAGCAGUCGGCUGCUUGACAAUCGACCGUCGUCGGCCGACAGUGGUGUGGGUUACGGUGGCAGUGGCGGCGGCGAGUCCCCUAGCUUCCUCUCGCCGCAUCAUUCGUGGACGAAUCCUGCACACGAUACCGUAUCGACAUCGUCGUCGUCCAGUGACGGCGACACCAAGUCAUGCCUAGGAGAAGGUGGUGAUGAUGAUGGAGGCCGACCCUCGUUCACGGCAGCGUUCAUGUCGCUUGCAUUAGAGCAGCAGCAGCAGCAGCAGCAGCAGCAAUCGACUCUGCCGGAAACAAGCCAGUCGGCCGUGGAAAAGCUGUCAUGGCGCCACGUCACGAACAACAACAAUAACCUAGAGGACACUUCAGUCUUAUCGCGAAAUCAACUCGAAGAUUUGUUUGAAGCGCUGGGAUCGUCCACGCCGACCCGCCAUGUGGUCGUGCGCAGCUCGGGGCGGCAAUUGACUCGACAUCAAGUGGCCACACUCGACCACAUCCUGCAUACAUUUGGACAGUGUGCACACUACGACACCACGUUUGCAUUGUCGCAUGGGGUGGUCUUGUACACGUACUUUGACCUUCGCGACGCUGCCAAAGCCGUGCAAAGUGGCUCUGGCACUAGCACGUUGCUCAACCAGUUGAUUGCAGUCGACUUUGCCGUACCCGUCCUCACCACAUCAUGGUCCGGAUCGAUCGUUAUCACAGUCGACAUCUCCACAGCCAAUAACCAACCAAGGGCUACCCUAGUACGUGAUAUACAUGCAUUUUGUUCCGAGUAUGCCGACGUGGCAUCCAUAUCUCGGCAAAACCAAGCCAACGACGACAAGGCGUUCCUUGUCGAGCUGUGCGACUCGCGGGACGUCGAGCCCGUGCUCGCCAACAUGCACAACGCCAUACGUGGCUCGUUUCGCGGCAACUUUGCCGUGUCCUCUGCAGAAGUUGCUCCUGUCGUUGUACAUCCUCUAGCCACAACAUUUCAAGCAGCCGCGGCGGCCGCUAUAGCCACCGGGAAUCCAUCCUUUAUGCACACACCCAGUAUCACAUCCACGGACGAGAUGUGGACAACGUAUGGCCAUUACCCUCCAGUUCCCGAAACGUGGGACGAUAGGGGGGCGCCGCCUUUGCCGCCAUCGCCAUCGCCUCCAUAUCAACCCCCGUGUUACUACUACUACUACUACUACAAUGACAUGCCACCCCCUCUACCUCGCCAAACGUUAACUCCGUCGGUCGUCGUCGUCGCCCCCCCCCCCCCGAACGAAUAUAGCCUCGGCAUCGAUCGCGUCGGCGAGGACACCCGCACCACGCUCAUGAUUCGCCACAUCCCCAACAAGUACACGCAGGCGAUGCUUCUCGCCGAGAUCAACGGCCUCGGCCACCAUGGCGCGUAUGACUUUUUCUACCUCCCUAUUGACUUCAAGAACAAGUGCAACAUGGGCUAUGCCUUUGUCAACUUUAUGACGACGGAUGCGAUCGUUCCGUUUUACAAGGCGUUCAAUGGCCGACGGUGGCGCUGCUUUAACAGCGACAAGGUGUGUGCGAUAACGUACGCCCGACUGCAAGGCAAGGCGGCUAUGGUGUAUCGAUUCCAAAACUCGAGCCUGCUUGACAAGCACGAGAGCUACCGACCCCUCGUUUUCAAGUCAUCUGGGCCAGACAAGGGCGCCCCUGAACUGUUUCCUCGCACUGUAUCGCAGUGGAAUCGACCGAGUGGCCUCGUCGCAGACUCGGGGGAGUCGACUUUGCCUUCUUCGUCAUCUCGACCAACGCCACCUUUGUCGUCGUGCGUAGCCCCGCCGCCAGCUCACAAUCACCCCAUCGACAGGACUACUAGUACUAGUACUACUACUCCAACUCGUGGACAGUAUCGCACAAAUAUCAUGCACGGACGUGGACCUCCUUCCGCGUAUCUACCAUCAUCACCACCAAAAACAUCCCAUCAAGUGCAGUGUUCCAGCAAUUCCAUCAGCAUCACCUCCAUGCCGCCGUCGUCGUCAUCGUCACCCUACGACCCAUCACAUGGAGCCAUCAAAAGUGUCCAUGGCGGUGGACGACAUGAUUACUUGGACGCGGUGACGACCAACCAACCUCUUGCGCUCGCGGCACUGCACGCGUGAUUUGAAAUUUGCAGACAUGUAUGGAACGUUAUAUAUAUAUAUAGUAGUAGUACAUCCGUGCUAUACUCGUGUUGGUCAUUCUUGAGUACAACGAAAGUACUCAUAGUCAAGUACUACGGUAGUAAUAUUUGGGAGAUUUCGCA